GCGGUUUCCAUCGAAGUUGUGGGAGCGACGCGUUGGCGCUGAUAGCUGUGACCACCGGACAUCCUUUCACAGCUGUGUCGACCCUGCAUCGGUUUCCUACCCUACACUAGUUUGCUAGUCAAUCUUCGCGCCACCGGACAUAUACGUCGCUGAAUCGACAACACGCAUUGAAAUCCAGACCAAGAUUAUCAUCGUCUUCUCAACGAAGCGAGUAAGAAGUGACAGCAGUCAUCAUGGCCGUGGCAGAAGACGCAGCAGCGGUUUUGGAGCAGUUCAUCCAUGAUGUCGCAAACUUACCGGCAGAAAUCACCCAUUUGUACGAGGAGGUGCAGGCCAAGGACCAGCAGAUCCAAGACUUGCGCCUCGCGAUACAGCAGCGCGACAACAGCCUGCAAAAGUUCAUCAAGCUGAAUGGCAGUCUGGUGCAGAACCCCAAGGAGGAGCCGUAUUCCAAGGUGAUUAGUCAGAACUUUGAGCGCGCACAGUUGUUGCAGGAAGAGAAGAUUGGGCUGGUGGAGAAAGCUGCUGCGCUUUUGGAUCGACAUGUCAAGCGACUGGAUAUCAAGCUGCGAGACUUGCAGACCGAUGGGUCGAUUCCCACAGACCCCCAAAUGCCGUCGCUGCUGAGGGACUCGCCGGGGAACAUGGUGCCUGCAUCGUCGAUGUCGACAGGUGCGAGCACGCCGUUGAACCCAGUAUCUGGCAAUCACGGCGGCGGCGCUCCGAAUCUCGCCCAUGCCGCUGCCCUGGCACGAAUCACUAAUGCAACAAACAUCAACCUCAACUCCAGGUUGAACCCCAAUUUGCAGAACAUGCAGACCCAGGCGCUCCUCAACCAGCAACGACUUACGAAUGCGCAGAGCGCGAUACAAGCAAACGCCAGGUCGGAGCGAGAACUUUCAGACGGGAGUGACAGCAAGAGGCGUCGGCCAGCUGGCAGCCUCGGACCACUUCCUUCAGCAACAUCGAACCUGGGCAGACAAGGCUCAACAGGACCAGGGACGCCCAAGCCGUCUGCUCCUGGCUCACGAGCUGGUAGCGUGGGGCCCCGGCCGCAGAAGAAUGCGCUGACAGUGAAGAAGGCAAAGCCACAGCAACCAUUGCGCAAAGCUGCUCUUACAGCAAAAUCUGGCAUCAACAAGAAGCGGCGCAAGGGCGGGUCUCGAGCGUCGCCUUCAACGACAGCCGACGACGAGAGCGUGGCAAGCGAGGCAGGGACCGAGGACGAAGACAUGUCAGGCGUUGGGGGUGCAGAUGCAGACGAAGAGGAGUCGGACGACACAAAAUACUGCUUCUGCCAACGCGUCAGCUUCGGUGACAUGGUGGCGUGCGACAACGACAACUGCCAGUAUCAGUGGUUUCACUGGGAGUGCGUGGGGAUCAAGGAGGAGCCUGUGGGCGACUGGCUGUGUCCGGCGUGCAGCAAGCAGCCCGCGCACAAGAUCAAGCGGGUGCGAUAGCAUGGUACUCUAGGUAAUGAAUCUUGACGCGUAUGGGGGGUGUGCUUUUUCUGGCACGUUGGACUUUGUGGGUUGUGGCGGCGGGGAAAAGGAAAGGAAAUGUCACGAUGCCGUAUGCCCUCAUGUCAAGUGCAUGCUUUUCCUGUGGUUCGCAAAAUGA